AUGACUUCUAAAGAAAAGAAUUCAAAUAUACUUCAAUUACAUUAUAAUGAUGAUUAUAUUGAACAAACAAUUCAAUAUCAACAAUCUAAUAGUCAAUUAAUUAAUGUUGAUCAAUUAUAUGUAAAUAUUGUAGGUGCAUGUAGUAUUUGGCAAUGGUUUACAGCAAUAUUAGUAAUGUUUAGUAAUCCAUCUAUUCCAACAUUUCCUGUAUUUGCUAAUUCAAUACCACAACAACGUUGUCGUCUAUCUAAUAAUAUAGAAAAUAUAAUACAUUUAAAGAAUUUAUCAUUAGAACAAGUUGGUAUUAUAAUUGGUCCAUGGAAAAAUAAAACUGAUACAAAUUAUGCACAAAUGAAUGGAUGUUAUCAAUAUAAAUUAAAUUGGACAGAAAAUUUAUUUGAAGAAGUAAUUCAUACUUAUGAUAAAGGAUCAUUUCAAUCAAAAUUUAUUCAUUAUCAAAUAAUUCCAUGUGAAAAUGGAUAUGUAUAUGAAUUAAAUGAAUUACAAUAUCCUGGAAGUGUUGUCAUUGAAUUUGAUACAGUUUGUCAACAUAAUUGGCUUGUACCAUUAGGUUCAUCAAUUUAUUUUGUUGGAAUGAUGAUUGGAUUUAUAUUUGGUGGUUGGGCUGGUGAUCAAUUUGGACGAAAAAAAUCAUCAAUAAUUUUAGCAAUAAUUGAGUUUAUAUUUAGUAUAUGUACAUCAUUGUCACCUAAUUACAUUGUUUAUAUAUUGUCUAGGGCAAUUGUUGGUAUAGCAAAUAUAGGCAAAGUUACAGUAUUAAAUGUGUUAGUAAUGGAGAUGACUAUAGCUAAAUAUCGUUCAUAUAUUGGUGCUGUAAUGGCAUUGGGAUACAAUUUUCUAUUGAGAGCAUUAAUAUCAUUAGAAGCAUAUUUCAUACCGAAUUGGAGAUGGUUAAAUUUGUCUGUAAUGGCACCUAAUUUAUUGUGUAUUUUAUAUUUUUGGUGUUUAGUUGA